AUGGCUCAAACAGCUAGCGAACGCGAUAGUCUGUCAGACGAAUUGGCAAAAUUACAGUCAGUUACCACAGAGAGGUACAAUCAUCUAUGCGAACAAAAUCAAAAGCUGCAACAAGAAAAGGAACAGAACGAUCGACUUGUGAAGGAGCUAAAAGAUCAAGUGUUUGAAUUGCAGCAACAAUUGAACAAAGCAAAGGAACAGCUUUAUUCACAUGAAGAAAAGUUGGCCCAUGUGUCUACCGAGUUGAACGCAUUAAAAGAAACCAUCACACAUGCCAACCUAAAAAUGGACCGAUUAGGCCAGCAUUCGUACCAUGCCAACGCAACGGAUGGAAACAGCGCUUCGAAUGACAGGACCAUGGGGACAUUGUCAACAUUGCUCGUCACUCAAAAUUCACCGCCCUCGAUACCAACGAUGGAAGGCACAACCCACAUGACGCCGCCAACGCAUACGACGACGACGACGACGACGACGGCGACGGCGACUGUCGGUUCACCGUCCAACUCACAAGCGCCUUUUCCUUUGUUGACAAGCACAGCAGCAGCAGGAUCAACGGCCCACAUGAAUUCUUUUGCGCAACAGCUUCCUGCGACAAGCCAUUCCAGUUCGAUGCGCAGUAUUCCAGCACCGUCUAAAGUGAUGGUGGACGAUCAAAAAAAGAAAGAUAACCGACUGGUCGAACUGAAGAAGAUCACCAAAGAGUAUAUGAAUGUGAGCGACGAAGAAGCCAGUCUGCGCCUGUACAAACUUCAAAAGACGAUGAUCCACGUCGUAUCCGACCUUAAAAAAUACAUGAGGGAGCGCAACGAAGAUAUCAGUAAAAGUUGGAAGACGAUUGACAUGACGACGCAACGCGUUGCUUUUGAAAUGGUGGAAAGAGAAGCAGCCAGUCUGGGUGUGCCUUUAAAUCGAUGUAUUGGCUACUGGGGUGCACGAAGACUGAUUAGCAAGUCGUGGGCCAAUGCGUUGAGAACGACCAAGAAACAUUUAUUACUGAGUCACCAACUUCAACAAUCACAGGUGCAACAACAACAACAACAACAACAACAACAGCAGCAGCCACACAAGCAGCUACAACAGAUACAACCACAACCAGAACCGCAUCUGCAACAACAGCAAAAGACGUCCAUAGUAACGCAUCAGUCAGCGUUACCACUGCCAUCCACGACGUCUCAUGCUUAUGAUCAUUCUCCUGCAGACGCGCAAGGUACGACACUGCCCUCUCAGCCUACGCCAUCCUUUUCCACCAUUCUGUCGGAAGGUGUUACUCCCCCUUCAGAACCGACGAUGGGCACAGAAGAGCUGCCUUUUUCACUUGCACACGCAGCAACAGUGAUCAAAGGCGAAGAGACAGUAGCAAAGCAUGACGUCGACAGCGAACCAAACAAAAGAAACGAGGGAGAGAAAGAAGAGGACGCGAAUGAUAGAGCCGCCAAAAAGCCAAAAUUGGACCGUGAAGAAAGUUAGUUUCCCCCUCUCUGUUACCCGUUGUGUGUGUAUGUGUGUGUGUAUGUAUGCAUGUAUGCAUGUAUGUAUGUAUGUAAAUAUUUAUUUUAAAUCGGCACCUUUCUAUUUUAUUUUAUUUUAUUUUUUUUGGUUUGCAUGAUGAAUGUGUAACUUGAACGUCAAAAAUAACCCCCCUUUUCCUUUCUGGAUAAAAGAAAGCCCGAAAUUCUACCACACUCUUUUUUUGUUUCUUGAAGUUUUGUUUACUCCCCCCAACUCUUGUCUAUAUUUACAAUAGACCAUGAUGGAAUAGUUGAAGAGGUGACACUCUCGCUUUCUUGUCAAAUUCAUGCAUUUAGA